AUGUCUUCGUCAAUUUCUACUAAACUUGCUUUCUUGAUCACUCUGUCGUUGGCCAUAGAAGUAAUACCGAUACAGUUGCAAGAAGGAGAGGAAUUAAAAGAGAAUAAUGUUGAAGAUUCUCAACUUAACCAAUGUAUCAACGUGCAAAGGAGUGCAGAAGUUGGAGUGUGCUUUGGGAAGGAGCUAUUGAACAAACUUAACCAAUAUGAUGAAGCAGACACCUUCAGUUUAGCGACUGGAGUGUCGUUUGUUAGAGAUGAAAAGACUCCUCGCGACUUCGGCAAUUUUCUGGAUAAGGACCCUAUGGAUUUCCGUGCCAUCAUGGAAGACGCCAGCAGCUUGAUUUCCAAGAGGUCCCUUCAUUGGGACCUGAGUGGUCUCUACCCUGGUCUUGUGAUGAGGAUUGGUCCAACCUUGGCGAAUGGAGUCUUGGAGUUCGUUAUGGACCCGAGAAUGAAGGAUCGGACUUAUCAUCAACAACCUCAUGGAGAGGUUUCUACUGGCCGUCUCCUAGCCAGAAACCUCCUCAUCCCCUUUCUCCUAGGUUUUAAGUUCCAACUUUCCACUCUCCUUCCUUUAAUCCUGGGUCUAGUGCUCCUGGCCAGUAAGAAGGCCUUCUUUCUAGCCAAGCUUGCUCUCUUGGCUGUGACAGUGUUUAGUGGAGGUUCUGGCUACGGGAGCCAGGGUACUUGGGGUGAUGUUGGUGGACCAGCCCUGUCUUCGUAUACAUCAUCUUAUGAUGCGCCGAGUCACUAUCAUCAUGGACACCAUGGAGCGAGUUCUGGCUACUACCAUAGGCAUCCUCACCACGCAGAUUACUUCUACAAAUCAGUUGAGACCUCUACAGCGACUCCUAUAACACCUGACGAACUAAGAGAUAGACUAGAAAGAUUAUUUAUAACUAAAAAAGAUAUUAAUAUGGAUGAGCCAAGAGAAGAAACGAAAAUAAGAAAUGCUAGAAAUUUUGCCUGGACACCUAUUACUACUGGGUAA